GAAACUAGGUCCUCAUUUUACUGACCUCGGAAGGAUGGAAGUCUGAGUCAAACUUGAGCCGGCUAGCUGAAUCCAGCUUCUGCCAGGAUCGAACUCAGGUUUAUGGGUGUAACAAGUUUUCUAACAUCUUAUUUAAAGAAUGAAAUCUUGGCAAGGACAGCAUAAUCCCUUAAAGAGAUACUACUGCCAAAGAUAGAAGAGAAAAGCAUAUAAUGAGCAGGCACCGACGAGAAGCCAACAUGAAGCUCCAGGUUGUGGCUGCUGUUCUUCUUGUCUUUCUCAUUUGUCCAAAUGAGAGUGAAUCAGCUCCCAAUCCUUUUUUUUCUUACCUGUUUGAUCUUCCUAAUGUGCUAGCUGGCAGUGCAGUGAAGGUGGUUAAACAUUUUAGAAAUGCUACUAACCAGUUUUUGAAGCCAUUAAAAGAUCAUCUGAAAAAAGGAUCUGAACAAAAAUGUCCUUCUAACCCAAGGCCUGAAGAACAACCAGCUCCUCAACCCACACCUGAAAAACAACCCCCUCCUCAACCCGCACUUGAAGAACAACCUAAGCCUCAACCUGCACCCGAAGAACAACCUGAGCCUCAACCUGCAUCUGAAGAACAACCUGAGCCUCAUCCUGCACCUGAAGAACAACCUGAGCCUCAUCCUGCACCUGAAGAACAACCUGAGCCUCAACCUGCACUUGAAGAACAACCUGAGCCUCAACCUGCAUCUGAAGAACAACCUGAGCCUCAACCUGCAGCUGAAGAACAACCUGAGCCUCAACCUGCAUCUGAAGAACAGCCUACCCCUCAACCUGAAGAAAAACCUGCUCCUGAACCCGCAUCUGAAGAACAACCUCCUGCUGAACCCGCAUCUGAAAAUUAAUGGAAGUGAAUUGUUGACUAUGCUGAACCUCGUUCAUGAUGACCAGUUUCUCUUUUGCCUUUGAUGCUGCCCCCGGCCUCAAGCUGAUCCACUGAAACAGGGAAUCACAAUCAUGCUAGUAAAACAUAGAAAUAUUCUGUAGUAUUUAAUAAUUUUGUCACUUUUAUGACAUAGGGAGCACUGCCUUGAGGAGGGGAGAAACUUUCCAAAAACAAUAAAAACACACUAAAAUGG